GCGAAUCUACUUAACAAUGUCCGACUGUGAAGUGUUCUACAAAAACAACAACGAUCUCAAGAGGGAAGAUGUACAAACUCUCGAGGAUUGGCUCAAACAUCAAACACAAAUUCCACCAAUUACUGAUCGACUCCUAAUUCUGUUUCUACACAGCUGUUAUUACCACAUUGAAGCAACGAAGAAAUGCAUCGAAGAGUUCUUCAAAGCUCGUCCACUUUAUCCAGAAUUUUUCAAAAAUCGCGAUCCAAGGCAAUUCGAAACGAAGUUGAUGAAUUUUUGCAUAGCGCCAUUAUCUAAACUCACUCCCGAGGGAUACGGUAUAAUAUACAUAUCACUUAUAAACACAGAUCCACAAACGUAUGAUUUCGAUUUGCACGUGAAAACGUUGGACAUGAUCUGUCUGCGUUGGCUUCAGGAGGUCGGAUGUUUGAAAGGUCAUGUUCUUGUUUUUGAUUUAGAAGGUGGAUCUUUAAGCCAUCUAAUGCGUGUUAAAUUACGCUCAGUUAAAUCACUCAUACAUUAUGUACAAGAUUCUUUUCCCAUCCGUUUGAAGGCCAUCCACUUUUGCAAUCCGAUCUUAAUGAUGAGUGCAAUUAUGAAAUUAAUCAAACCAUUUAUCAAUAGUGGUGUAAUGAGUGUGUUACAAGUCCAUUCCGGCAAUGCCGUUCUGGACCAUAUUCCUGCUGAUUGCCUUCCUGAUUCUGUAGGUGGAACAUUGCUUAGGAGUAAAAUACACGCUGAAGCAGUAGAUACACUCAUAAAGAAUGCUGAAUAUUUUGUCGAAGAAGAAAAGAAAUUUACAAUAGAAACAAAUUAAAUUUAAAA